UCGACAUCCGAUUGGGCCGCCCGCGGGCAAAGUUUCGAUUUCCCUUUACAAUGGAGUGUAUAAAGGUUGUUCGCUACUAAUAGGGUUUUUCUUUAUCCCGCCGUCUGCUUCCAAGCUCGCCGUCGAUCGCCGGAACUCGAAAAUGCCGUCACACAAGACUUUCAGAAUCAAGAAGAAGCUCGCGAAGAAGAUGAGGCAGAAUAGGCCAAUCCCGCACUGGAUCCGCCUGAGAACGGACAACACGAUCAGAUACAACGCAAAGCGCAGGCACUGGCGUCGCACCAAGCUAGGGUUCUAAGGUGCUUUCGAAUCAAUAACUUCAAUGUUCAUUUACCUUGAUUUUGUUAAGAUUGAGAACUUGAAUUUUCGCAGGGACCUAUUUUUGUAUUUGUGCAACUGAAAUUUAGUUUAUCUGAUAUUUUUGUUUAGUCAUCGUUACACUCAAGUUUGAAGUGCUUUGGAAUAGAGAGAAUUUACUAUCAAUGGUUAUAUCUGUGGUGUAGCAGUUUCUCCAAAC